AUGUCAGUUACAUUAUGCAGCUCAAACACUAUAAGCAAGCAUAAUAAUGACCCAUAUAGUAUUGUCUCUUCUUGCACACCUUCAAAAAGUCUCUUAAAGAUGAACAACGAUAGUAUAAUCGCAAACCGAACUGAUAAAUCUUCUCAAACAUGGAUAAUGAAAAAACUCGAUGACCUUAAUCCAUCAUUAGUAUUGGAAAAUAAUGCAAGUGUUGCAAGAGACCAUUUGGCAGGAUCAUCCGAUUCACAUAAAGAUGAUAAAGUUGGUAAAGGACUAGGAAUAGCUUUUAUAGUUCUUGGAAUUAUCUUUCUUGGAUUUGGCCUCUUUAGAUAUUUUAAUUCUCAACAACUUAUGACAAAAGGUCGUUUUCCUGCUAGUAGAGGUAGUGUUGUAUUGGGUUUAAGAGAUUUUUCGCCCUUUGAUGCUUUUAAGAACGUACAAGACAUAAGCAAGCCUGUUCAACAACACUUGCUUAAGGUCUACUUAACGCUUAGUACCGUUUGUUUGGUUACUGCGGCCGGAGCUUACGCUCAUACCCACAAUUUGUUCUUGUUUAAUGGCGGUCUCUUGUCAAUAAUGCUAGGUCUUGCGUCGUUGAUAGGCAUUAUGUGUACACCGGACACUCCGAAUAACAAAACUUUACGUUACGGUUUAUUAUACAAUUUUGCAUUCAUGGAAGGUCUUUCGAUCGGGCCUCUUAUGGAAAUUACCCUUAUGAUUUCUCAUAGUUAUCAUAUUAUAGUCAAUGCCUGCAUCUUGACCUUCUUAAUCUUUGGUUCUUUCACAUUGGGCGCUCUCUUGAGUAACAAGAGAUCCUAUAUAUAUCUUGGAGGAAUAUUGGGUUCUGCGAUUUCAAUGUUAUUUUGGAUGUCAAUCAUUAAUACGUUCGUUGGUUCUGUGGCCUUGUUUUCUGCAGAACUUUACAUAGGAUUAGGAAUAUUUUGUUUAUACGUUAUAUAUGAUACUCAACUCAUCAUUUAUCGUGCUACUCAACAUCAUUCUCGUGAUGUUGUAAGCCAUACACUUGAUUUGUUCAUUGACCUUAUCGGCAUAUUCACUAGAUUGGUUGUUUUGAUGACGAAUUCUGAAAGAAAAACAGACAAUAGGAGACGUAAGAAUACACGAACUGGAACUAGUUAUGUUGGUUUAUAA